AUGAAAAGAAGGAAGAAAAAGCAACAAAGGCAGCAGAGCAAGAUAAACCAAAGAUGAAACAUGCGAAUCCUGGAAAAGAGAAAGAACUGAAAUAUUCAGCUGCUAUCAAGGAUAAAGAACAUUCUAAAGAAAAGGAAGGAAAGAAUCCUACAGCUUUAAAAGAUAAAGAAUCACUGAAAGGAAAAAAUCCCAAGAAUCCAGAAGAGUCAAAGGAAAAAGAGACUGCUAAAAGAAAAGAUGUGAUGCCUCCAACAGUCUUAAAGGAAAAGGACUCUUCAAAAGGAAAGGAAAUGAAAGUUCCAGCUAUGACAAAGGAGAAAGCUGCGGUGAGGAAACAAGAGGAAAAGAAAGGCACUUCAGAGAAACCUCAUGACCACAAGCAUGAACAUAUUAAACAUGAAAAAUCAAUCUCUCACACUAAGCCAGAGGAGAAAAUUAAACAACAAAAGAGAGGCCUCACCGAGAGUUCAGCCCAAGCUAAGCCAGCAAAGCAUGAAGCAGUCAGGCAUGAAAAAGAUGUUCUACCUACAAAGCCCGUCAAACUGAAAACAACUUCAAAGUCAACGGUUGAAAUCCCAGUAACAGCCCCGAAGAAAAGAAAGACGUCUAAGGAAAAAGAAGCAGCUCCACCAACAAAAGAAGCUCCAAGACACCACAACCUGACAUCAGCUCCUGUUCGCUACUUUCAGUGUGUUUUCAUUAAUGGACCUAACGGAUUUGGACUGCAGUUUCCUACCAACCCCUCUUCAGACAAGGAAGAAAAAAGUCACUCAAAGACUUCCAAGAGAAAGACAAGGAAACCAGGGCAGUAAAGAGACUGAGUCCUGCAAUUGCUGGCAUUUUGCACAUUAUCUUUUCUGCUGAGGUCCACAGUAGUCACAGUGGUACUUGUCAUCACAAGAAUGUGACCCACUUGGCACAUGUACCUGGAAAAUUUCCAUGAGACACUGGCAAAACAAACAGUAAUCAACUGUGUUUGACAAAGGUAGAGAAGCAAAAGCACCCCAUUUCUCAUGGAAAGGCUGCUAACAAAGCAUUGGCCUGAUUGCGUGUGUGAGCGUGUGUGUGAUUUCCUGCCUCUUUUGCUCCUCCUGUUUUUCUUUACCUGCUUGGCACUAAAGUCAGUCUGUUUUCCAUUUAUUCUUAACUAGGGAGUGAGAGGAUGAACAUAGCUUUUAUAUCAGCAAGAUUGCAAGACUACCUGCAAUCCUAAAUCACUUCUUCUUAAAGUUCAAUCAAAUUGCUGACAGGAGAAGGGCUCACUAAAUCAUGAAAAUGUGCCCAGCAACUGGUGCUAUUUUUAUGUCUGAUUGACCAGUGUGGCUUGAAGUUCACAAUUGCUAUCAGCAGCUCAGCAUACCAGUAAGUAGAUUCUUCAAGUCAUGCUAAUGAUGAAUAUUUCUGUUUGACCUGAAGCAGUUAAAGGCACUGUGAGUUUGCCCUGCCUGCUGGCAAAAUACAAAUAGUUCAUGUUAUAAAGCCCAAAGUCAGAAGAGAAAGUAAAACAUGGCAAAGGUGAGAAAAAAAUCAAUGUUUUAUCACCAUGAAGAUCCCAAGAAACAAGCAAAACAAAGCAAAAUUUUUUCCUGUGGAUAAAUCAGAUCAAUGUGCAGCAAAAACCAUGAAAAUUGAGAAUACACCAGCCAAUGAUUUGCUAUUAGCAUAAGAUGGAAAGCUGUGAUGUAUGAUGCUGGUCACAACAUGAAAACAAUCUUACCCAGUGGGUAUACAUGCCAGUUUGUUACCAUGUAAACUGCUUUGCAUUUUCUCAAGCUGCUGUAUGUUUGCAUUUAAUCUGUGAAAGGUACAGCAGUGAUCUUAGAGACAGCUGCCAGCUGAAGGAGCAUGAUGCUCAUUGCACAACUGGAUAGUUGUAGAGUCUGAUCACACCUGUAACAAUCUGUUGCCCCACUUUCUGCAUAAUUCCAGGCAAUGUCACUGCUUUUCCCCAUUCUCUGCCUGCCAACCCAUUAGUAUCUCAAUUAAAUAUUUGACUCACAUGUGUUUCAAACAACUGAAUCUCCGACAAACUAAUACAAUUCAGAUCGCUUUUGCUGCUGUGCUGCUGAGUCAAGCUGACACUGAUUGUUGAUCAUGGCCUCAUGUAGUCUGAGAUGCAGUCCCAUACUGUACAAGUCCUUUGCUGUAAAAUCUGUGAUUGCAACAAGCAGCUUAGACAGUGAUUUCUGAAAAGAGGUAGGAACGUUCUCUAUGAGUAGCUCUUCCCACACUGGAGCACAUGGCAGAUAAAAAAAGUUCAGGCCUCCGCUGCUACCUAUGAAAUCCGUUUUGCAUGUGUACAGGGAUACAGAGCUGCUGGCAGAGAAUAUUUCUUGAUAAAAUGUUACUUGUUACUUUUCUUUCAGAAGGCCUUUUUGUAUUUCCAGUCUUGGUUUGUUUUGAUGUGUUUUUUUUCCCCGCAAUUUAUGAUUAUGUGUAUAUUAUUAUAGACGUUAGUGCCCCAGGAUUUUACUGUGAAAGCUGUCUUAAAAUAAGACUAUAACUUUCCAAAAAAUCAUUUAAUUUCAAGACUUUAUCCAACUUCAAUAAUCAAGGCAAGACUUUACUGCACUAUAAGCCUUCAUUCUUUUCAACUUCUUUUGCCACAGUCAAUUCCAUAUAUUAUGAUUAACCAUAACCCUUCUUUCUCAUUUGAGUUGAGAGAUGGCAAGGAUAUGUUUCAGGUAUCAUUCCCAUAGUGUCUCAGUUAUGCAUCCAAGUGCUUUGUAAACAUAAAUAUUGAAUAUCACUGAAAAAUUAAUAUAAAAUAAGCUAUUUCUUUUAUUUCCCUAAUAUCAGCCUGAUUUCCUCUAAGAACAGAGGAAACAGUUGUGCUCUCAAAAUAGCAAGCAUUUUUCUCUUCAACAGGAACUUUAAAAAGCAUUACUUGAGUUGCAUGGCUUUAUUCAAUUUAUCCUGAAAUAUUUCAAAAUCAUAUGCUGAUUGUUAUCUGUUUUGAAAAAUAAAGAAUAUAUACUGUGUUUCUGUGACUGCAAGAUUGUUUUUGUGAAUGCAGAAGUGGCAGGUAAGGGCUUACAUAUGUAAACUUUUUAUCCCUACGAAGUAAUUACAAAUCCUAUAAAUAUGAAGAUGGCAUUUUUUACAGCUAAGGCUUGAAAAUGAUUUGUCCCAGAUUUUAUUCACCCCAAAUGGGCUUUUCGAAAUACUUAUCUAAAUUAGUCUUUCAACACAGUUUUUUAUGGAUUACACUCUGACAGUUAAGUCAAAUUAUUUGCAACCAUUCUUCUUUUGGUACCAAAGUAACCUAUGUUCAUCAAGAUACAUAUUUAAACUAUUAUUAUAAAGCUACAAAUAUAUAUAUUACCAAAAGCAUUCUCCUAUAACUAAUAUGAGGU